AUGACACAAAUUCAAGAUCAGCUGCAGCAGUUAAUGGAAGGAAUGUUGAAUAUGAAUGCAAAAAAUCAACAGACUGAUAAAGAAUUGUUAGAGAUUCGUGAAGCAUUGGGAUCAAUGGCGCAGAAAGGGAAAGGAAAAGAACCAAACAGGGCAGAAUCCACUAAUGGAAGGGCUGGUUCAAUGGAGCUGCAGCAAGAGGAAAGGCCCAAGGAAAGUCAUCACAACUCAAAUUCAUAUGGCAAUUACUUUACAAAGUAUUCUCGACUUGAAUUUCCUAGAUUUUCAGACCAAGCUUUAAGGACUUGGUUAUAUAAGGUCGACCAGUUUUUUUCCAUGGAUGAAGUACCUUUUGAGCAGAGGGUUAAGGUAGCUUCCAUCCAUUUUGAUGGUGAGGCCAUAGCCUGGCAUGGAGCAUAUAUGAGGUGUAGGAAUUCUGUAGUGGAUCCUACUUGGACUGAAUAUGUCAUAUCCCUAAAUGAGAGGUUUGGAGAUGGAUUUGAGGAUCCAAUGGAAGCCCUAAUGAACUUGAGACAAACUGGUAGUGUAAGGGAGUAUCAGGCAGAAUUUGAUAAACUUCUGACUAGGGUUAACUUGUCAAAUGAAAAUGCUAUCAGCUGCUUCCUAGGGGGUUUAACUCCAGCACUAAAUAAGGCUGUUAGAAUACAAGGUCCUAAAAUACUGAUGCAGACUUAUAAGGUAGUUAGGCUACAAGAAGAGGUGUUUGAAGCACAAGCUCAGUCAUGGGGUUUGAAGAAACCUUCUUACAACCUUGCAUCCAAUUCCACUUAUGAGCAACCAUUUGAACAAAAGAAAAUUAAAGGUAGCAAAAUUCCUGGUAAAAGACUAUCGGCAGCAGCAAUGAAUGAGAAGAGGGCAAAAGGCCUUUGUUUUUUCUGUGAUGAGAAAUAUGUACAAGGGCACAAUUGUAGAAGUAAUAAACAGUUGUAUAUGGUGGAGGUAGAAGAAGUAGAAGAAAGGGACAUGGAGCUAGCUGAAGUACAAGAAUCAGUCCCUAUAGUGACUAUUGAAAUCUUAAUUGACACAGGAAGCACACAAAACUUUAUUGAUCAAGAGGUAGCCACAAAAUUGCAAUGUAAAGCUUCUCCUAUUUAUGAGCAAUCUAUUAGUGUAGCAGAUGGCAGAAAAGUGCAGACUACAUCAGUAUGUAAGGAUCUCACUUGGCUUUUACAAGACACUUUAUUUUCAUCUGAUUUCCUAAUCUUACCACUAGGAAAUAUUGACAUUGUAUUGGGGGUUCAGUGGUUAACUACAUUGGGAAGAAUCUUAUUUGACUUCCAAAAUAAGUCCAUUGAAUUCAGGUAUCAAGGAAAGAAGCAUGUGUUAAGAGGAGCUGGAGUACACAUAAAAACUGCUAAGGCUAAGUCCCUAAUCAAGAAAGAAGGCCAAGAAGCUCAAAUUUUCAUGAUGACAGUAACCAACCCAACAGUAAAUGAAGUAAAUUGUUGCAGUAUUCAAGUCACUCCAGGUACUAAUUUGUUACCAGAAUUGAAGCCCUUAUUGGAACAAUUUGCUUGUAUUUUUGAACUGCCUAGCACCUUACCACCUCAUAGAGGUGUAUUUGAUCACCAAAUUCCAUUGAUGAAAUCAGCAAUUCCUGUUAGUAAGAGACCUUACAGAUAUCCUGCAUUUAAGAAGGAUAUUAUUGAGAAAUUGGUACAGAAAAUGAUGGAUCAAGGGGUUAUUCAACAUAGUUCUAGCCCAUAUGCUUCUCCUGUGGUGUUGGUGGGAAAAAACUUGUUGGAUGAAUUAAGGGGUGCUGUUAUAUUCUCAAAGAUUGAUCUUAGAGCAGGGUAUCAUCAGUUGAGAAUGGCUGAAGAAGACACUAAUAAGACAGCUUUCAAAACUUAUGAAGGCCAUUAUGAGUUUUUGGUUAUGCCUUUUGGUUUAACCAAUGCUCCAUCUUCCUUUUAA